AUACCCAUUGUUUUCUUGUUUCAGAUCUUCUUGGAGGCAUCCUUGAAGCACCAGCUAAGCUGGUGGGUGGGUUUUUGGGAGCAGCCUCAAAUGCCCAGAGUCAAGCUCAGAGUACUAGUAUAGGGACAAUGUUUGGACCGUUUGGCGUGACAUUUUCCCAGUCAACAGCCAGCAGUAAUGCGGGAGCAAAUGCAGCAGGAAAUGGAGGAUAUGGCGGAGGACCAGGAUAUGGAGGAGCUGGAGGAUUUGGAGGAGCUGGGUCAGAAGCAGGAGCUGGAGCUGAAGCAAGCUCCUCUGCUGGAGGUUUCGGGGGAUCUCGGGCAGCCGCAAAUGCUGGCAGUGGAUCAUCAGCAGGGCUAGGAGGGUAUAAUCAAGGAAACGGGUUUGGAGGAAACUAUGGAGGGGGCUACGGAGGUGGAUUUCCUCCAUCCAAUGCAGCCAGUAAUGCGGGUGCUUCAGCAUCAUCAAAUUCAGAAGGUGGAUAUGGUGGCUUGGGUCCACUCUAUUCAGGUGGUAAGCAGGGCAAACCAUCUGGCUACUCACCACAUCACAAACCCCAAGGGCCACCCCAUCAUGGCCCCCCAGGGCCACCCCAUCAUGGCCCCUCAGGGCCACCCCAUCAUGGCCCUCCAGGACCACCCCAUCAUGGCCCUCCAGGACCACCUCAUCAUGGACCACCACAUCAUCCACCAUCAGGCAACUUGUAUGGAGGACAUGGUCAUCACCAUAACCAUGAACAUCAUUCAGGAGGAAGUGGAUAUGGACAAGGCAAUGGUGGUUAUCUAGGGCAAGGAAGCCACUCAUCCUCUCAAGGUGGAGGUAUUGGACAUGAACAAAAUUCUUAUGGGGGAGGAUCUUUUGGUUCAGGUUCACAUCACAAGAAGCCAGACUCCAAUUACCAGGGAGGAGGUGGUUCAUCUUAUGGAGGAUCUUCAGGAUCUGGAGCAGAAGCAUCAGCAGGUAGCUCUUCAUCUGGAGGAAGUGGAUCAUCAGGCUACAAUGAAGGUGCUGGCUCCAGCCAUCAUGAAAAGGGUGAUAAUUAUGAGCAGAAGGUAAUGGAAGUGUUUGGAUCAGAAGGAGGUGAUGGUCCAUUUUCUUCAGGUAGUAAGUAUGGUUCAUCAGGAAGUGGUGCUUCAAGCCAAUCAGGAGCCUCAUCAGCUUCACAUGAAGGUGGACAUUAUGGGUCAUCAGGACACGAAACUGGCUCUUCGAGUUCUUCAUCUGCAUCAGCAAAUGCUGGCGCAGGAAGUUAUGGUGAGGGAGAUUCAUCAGGUAACACAGGAAGCUACACAAAUGAAGAAGGACAGUUUGACUUAGAUGUUAGAGAAAAAAAUCCAAAUCUCACAAAAAAACUCAUUUUUACAUAAUUUACAGAAAAGUAUAGUAUAUUAACUAAGAUUGAUAAGAAAAGAAGUUGAAUUCUAUUUAAGUGGUGAAAUUCAUAUUUGCUGAUUCAACUGAGUUGUUGGAAAUAAUAUAUCCAUUUAAUAAGAAAUAAUAAAUGAGAUACUGAGUAACCUAAAAAACACAAGCAUUUAUACUCCUCAAAAAUUGGAGUGUGUCAGAGACUGAAUUUUUUGUAUUAAGACAAAUGAAUCCCAUUAUUUAUUUAACAAUGCAGAAAAAUCGAUAAAAAUUAAAAGAAUAUUAGCAUAGAAA